GCUAUUAUUGCAUACCCCAUGUAGUGCACUUAUGUAUAGAGUAGGGGCUGAUUUGGGAUUUGGCCUAUGAGGAAACGUUGCCCUCCAACCCGGAAGUGCAUCUAUCCUGACUCGUGCUGAGGGAAGAUGCACAGAACAUCCACGUGCAGGGGCUGAAUAAGCAGUUCAGCUAAGCAUCACCACUGGACUUAACAACUCUACUCUGUAAUGAAGAGAACUUCUUGAAACAUUGCAGUUAUUCCUGUGGAAUAUUUGUUCUCUUAAAGUAUGUCAGAAAUUACUCUGAACUUGAACUUCAAUGGCCCUGGCCAUAGUGAGGGCCAUGAGAAAGCCGGCGGAAAUGCCAGACACAAACAAUUUGUUAGAAAGAGGCGCUACCUGGAGCGUAAGGGUUUUCUGAAUAAAAAGCAAAACACAAAUAUCAGUCAAAAAGAAGGAUGCAAGAAGAACAAAUUGCAUUGGAAAAGAAAGGACCAUUCGCAAGCCAGUGCUGUUUUCCCCAAUUUUACUACUCUACAGCCUGAAUUGUCCACAAAUCCCUCCAAUUCCAUGCAAGCCCACCAUGGAAACUUGGCAACCAUCAAGGAAUUCACAGUGCCUUCAAAGUCAACAUCUAAAAAAGGAUCCGGUUCAGUACUGCACAACCCAAUGAAAUAUAUAGCCAUUGACUGUGAGAUGGUAGGGACAGGACCCAAAGGUCACUGCAGUGAGCUGGCCCGCUGCAGCAUAGUCUCCUAUGAUGGAGAUGUAAUUUAUGACAAGUUCAUCAAGCCUGUUAAUCCAGUCACAGAUCUUCGCACUCGCUGGAGUGGAAUAAGAUGGCAAGAUCUCCAUAAUGCAACACCCUUCAAACAAGCCCAGGGAGAGAUUUUAAGGAUCCUCACAGGGAAAGUGGUUGUGGGCCAUGCUGUCCAGAAUGAUUUUAAGGUUUUGCACUAUUCCCAUCCUGUCCAUCUCAUGCGAGACACCUCACGCAUUCCCAUCCUGAACCGGAAAGCUGGUCUGCCAGAGAACCAACCUGCCUCUCUGAAGACCCUCACAAAGGUUCUGUUGAACAAGGAUAUACAGAUGGGAAAAAAGGGCCACUCUUCAGUAGAAGACGCAAAAGCCACCAUGGAGCUGUAUAAAACAGUGGCAGUGGAAUGGGAGAGGACUUUGGCUUCAAAAACUGCUUCCUAGAGAAAAGAACCCCUGACCUUUGCCAAAUUUUCUACUUAAUUAAAGCUCCGUGUUUAAAAAAUUACAUUUUAGCCUUUAAACCUAAACUUUAACUAGUUUUAAUUACCAAAAAAAAAGCUCUAUAACCAGUUUCAAAAAAAUUUUAUUCUGUUUCCACAGUUUGAAAUGAUUGUUGUUUAUAUGGCAUCCUUGUUGGAUAAUCCAUACAACAUGUUAUUAAAAAAAAACAGUAAACUACAA